GCGGCCGGUGACAGCCGCCGGCCAUGGCGGCGCUGGAGCACGAGACGCAGGUCUUCCUGGAUCUCUUCCACCAGGACGGGCUGGUCAUCUGCGCCCGCGGGCUGGGCGCCGACCGCCUGCUCCUGCGCUUCCUUCGCCUCUACUGCGAGCCCACCCGGCUGGUUCUGGUGCUGAACACCAGCCCUGCGGAGGAGGAGUAUUUUAUUGGCCAGUUAAAGACCGAUAACGUUGCUUAUCUUCCUCGGCGUGUGACAAAUGAAAUUGCCAGCAGCAGCCGCUAUGAAGUGUACACCCAAGGGGGAGUUAUUUUUGCCACAAGCCGAAUUCUGGUGGUGGAUUUUCUGACCGACAGGAUUCCUGCAGAUCUUAUCACUGGAAUUCUGGUGUACAAAGCCCACAGAAUCAUUGAUUCGUGCCAAGAAGCUUUUAUCUUGCGACUCUAUCGCCAGAAGAACAAGCAAGGUUUCAUCAAAGCCUUCACCGAUAAUGCGGUUGCUUUCAACACUGGCUUUUGUCACGUGGAAAGAGUCAUGCGAAACCUCUUUGUAAGGAAGCUGUAUCUCUGGCCAAGAUUUCAUGCUGUAGUGAACUCCUUUUUAGAGCAACACAAACCUGAAGUGGUGGAAAUGCACAUCCCCAUGACUUCAGCCAUGCGUGCCAUCCAGAGUUCCAUACUGGACAUCCUGAACGCAUGUCUGAAAGAACUGAAGCAGUGCAACCCUGCUCUGGAAGUGGAGGAUCUGUCCUUAGAAAAUGCCAUUGGCAUGGCUUUUGAAAAGACAAUUCGUCACUAUUUAGAUCCUCUUUGGCACCAGCUUGGAACCAAGACCAAAUCUCUGGUCCAAGAUUUGAAGAUCCUCCGUACCUUGCUGCAGUACUUGACACAGUACGAUUGCGUCACUUUCCUUCGUCUUUUGGAGUCCCUAAGAGUGUCGGAAAAAGCUUUUGGUCAGAAUUCAGGUUGGCUUUUUCUUGAUUCUAGCACAUCAAUGUUUCUGAAUGCUCGGAGCAGAGUUUAUCGCCUUCCAAAUGAUAAUGCGAGUAAGAAAGAAAAAGCGGCUGAAAAAGCAGAUGUAAAAGAAGCAAAAGAACAGAAGAGGGAACCGGUCCUGGAAAGCAGUCCCAAGUGGGACGCUCUCGGAGAAGUGCUGAAGGAGAUUGAAAGGGAGAAUGCCAACAGUGACGCCCUGGGUGGGCCAGGGCGUGUGCUUAUUUGUGCCAGCGACGACCGUACUUGUGCUCAGCUCAAGGAAUAUAUCAUAAUCGGGGCCGAAGCUUAUUUAACAAGGCUCUACAACAAAACCUUUGGGUUGGAUAAGGAAGCUAGUGGGGUCUGCCUGAAGAACAAGAGAGAAGCUAAGUGCCAUGACAAGAAUGCCAGAGAACCACCACCCAAAAAAGCAAAAAGAGAAUCCUCCAAAGCAAAAAAGAGAAAGAAAAAAGCAGAGUUAACCCUGACACAGAUGUUGAACAAAGAGGAACAGGAAAAUAUCAAGGAAGAACAAGACAAUUCUGAGGGAUUCAGCAGUAGCCAGGAGAGCAACGGUGAAAGUUCAGAAGAUCUCCAAUUAAACCUGCAAUCCUCGGAUGCCUAUUAUGGUAUCCUAAAGGAACCAGUAACUGUUAUCCAUCCUUUAAAUGGUUGUGGGGACCCUUAUGCCCUCACAUCUGUCUUGCAUGAGGUGGAACCAAGAUAUGUUGUGUUGUAUGAUGCAGAGCUGACUUUCGUUCGCCAGCUGGAGAUUUACAAGGCUAGCAGACCAGGAAAACCUUUGAGAGUUUAUUUCCUUAUCUAUGGAGGGUCAACCGAAGAACAGCGCUACCUUACGACACUAAGGAAAGAAAAGGAAGCCUUUGAAAAACUUAUUAGAGAGAAAGCCAGCAUGGUAAUCCCCGAAGAAAGAGAAGGGCGAGAUGAAACCAACUUGGAUUUAGCAAGAGAUUCCACUCCAGCCACGGUCUCUAUUGAUACUCGCAAAGCAGGCGGCCAACUCCAGAAGGUUGUACAGCACAGCAUUGUGGUGGACAUGCGUGAAUUUCGCAGCGAGCUUCCAUCUUUGAUUCAUCGUCGGGGCAUUGACAUUGAGCCCGUGACGUUAGAAGUGGGGGACUACAUUCUCACCCCUGACAUCUGUGUGGAACGGAAGAGCAUCAGCGAUCUCAUUGGCUCUCUGAAUAAUGGGAGGCUGUACACUCAGUGCGUUUCUAUGUCUCGCUAUUAUAAGCGGCCUGUCCUCCUCAUUGAGUUUGACCCCAAUAAAUCAUUUUCCCUCACUCCCCGGUCUUCUCUGUACCAAGAGAUCUCCAGCAAUGAUGUGAUUUCCAAACUCACGCUCCUUACUCUUCACUUCCCGCGGCUCCGGCUCCUUUGGUGCCCCUCUCCGCAUGCCACCGCCGAGCUGUUUGAAGAACUGAAGCAGAACAGGCCUCAACCUGACGCAGCGACAGCCUUGGCGGUCACAGCCGAUUCCGAAAACCUCCCCGAACAGGACAAGUACAACCCAGGUCCUCAAGACUUCCUGCUAAAAAUGCCUGGAAUAAAUUCCAAAAACUGCCAGGCCAUAAUGAAUCACGUUAAGAGCAUUGCAGAACUCAUCACCCUUUCUCAGGACAAGCUGGCAGAACUUCUGGGCAAUGCUGCCAGUGCUAAGCAGCUUUAUGAGUUCAUUCAUCUGACUUUGACAGAAGCUGUUUCUCAAGGGAAAACAAAGAGGUGAUGAUAUAUCCCGCUGGGCUUCCGAGGGUGCCUUGAUUAACUGGGACUGUAUCUUAGGAGUGACCAGUGCACACGAGCUCCUUCAGCUGUACCACUUUAGAGUGCAGAUAGAGAAGCUGGAAAGGAAAAUUUCCAGUCUUAGAAGAGGCAUUCCAUAAGCUGUCAUGCAGGAGAGAGUAAGUGCAUUUUAAGAUGGAGUCUGGCGAGUAUGUUGCAGGAAUUAUUUAUAAAGUUAAUAAUGUCUUUCUUUGCAUUGGAACUAUUUUAUUCAAGUGCAACUGUAUGCAGAUUUACUUAAUUAACUUAUAUGCCACGAAAGAGCUGCGCACAUGAUUCCUGGUCUUUACCCCAGGAGAACAAUCGGUGAACUUUACAGUAUCUUAGCCGAGUUAUCUAUCUUCAGCUUCCUAUCAUUUCUGCUAGUCAAAUAGAAGAAUUCUGCUUUAGGUGCAUUCCACUUAUGAUUCACCAGCUUGAGAUACUAAAACACAGAUGAAUUUCUGAGAGGAGAGAAAUGGGUGGCAGACCAGUAAUGAUUGCUUCCGGGAGUAGAUCCAAAUGGAUUCGCUGUUUUUAGGAUGGCCCCCUUAAUGCAUGGCUAAAAAUGAGUUCAGUCAUUUGUGUGACAUAUAUGGAGGUUAAUGUAUAGGCCUAGAUUAGAAAUAAUUGCAUUGAAACAGAAAUACAGUACAUUUCAUCAUUAAGGGGAAGACUUAUGCGUGUUCAGUAAUUGCCCAGGGUCCUUGCUGGUAGGGAGUACCACCAGAGAACCUCUGCUCACCCUUUUUAAGUUAUUUAUCUUUAAACCAGGUUCGAGCUGUGCAGCCCUUCCAGUGGAGAACACUUUUAGACUAAGAGAGAAUUGUCUUUUUAUUGCACUUCAGGUAGAAAUGGUCUUCUGUAGAGCAGGCGAAAUGCUUUCCCUCAUUUUUCUUAAUACCAAACCUCUCUGUGGAUGGGGAAGUAUCACGCCAGGCGUUUAGUGUUUUGGAAACCGAAUAGGAAGUGCUUUUCUGCUGCAGCCCUGAGAAAAAAUGUGCAGAUAAACAAGAGUGGUGAUACUUCUUUGUUCUUAACAGACAGUGAAAUAUGCAAAAAAGCCUAAAAAUUCCCCAUGAGCUUAAUCAGUACAUGUUUUUUAUUCUUGAUUAUAAGGCAAAUGGAUGAUUUUUGUUUCCAAAUAUUUAAUAUUUCUGUGGAAUGUGUUUGGUUUUUGUAGAAAUUACAAAAAGAUGUAAAUCUGGGAUUUAAACAGUCUGCUGUGGGUAGGAUAUGUUAUUACUAGUAGAAUUUGGGUUUUUAUAUGAUGCUGUAAUGAGUUGGGGUGCCCACUGUUUUCAGGCGUCCUACAAACAUUACAGUUUCCGCAAUUAAAACUGUUUUUUUGUAUUUGCAUUAAAAGAAAGUUCACUAUCUGAAAGAA